CAUACCAUAAGAGGCCGCGUUGCAUUGUUGGGCGAUUGGAACGAAAGUGUUUGUAUUGAUACGUAGCUUAUGGUUUUCAGAGUUUUUGGCCGAGUUUUCGAUUAAAUUAUCUUCCUAUGCGAUUCUUAGAUUGUCUGGUGUGUUGUAAAUUACGCAAGUGAUAUAUCCUAUACGCAUCUGAUAACAUUUUGGAAGAAACGUUUCUUUACAUACUACCAACUUUGCCGUCGAUCGGUAAGUAGGUGAAGUCUGUCGAGUCAUACAUCACCAUUACGGAUUGUUAUGUCACGUUAACUGUUCGUUUUUUACACAAUUUUUCUUUUUUCUUAACCUGUCGGUAGACUGUCGGCCGCCUGUCGGUCAACUGUCGGCCGACAGUCGGCCGACUGUCGGCCGACAGGUUUUUUGGGGAGCUCUUCUUCACAAUUACCCUUGAGCCAGUUCAGUUUUGUACUUUUGGGGUCUUCAGUCCUAUACAUGUUGCAGUCGAAGGUAAAAUGUAAAGUGCGCUUUUGUGGUAACUAAUCGGGCAAUCUAGACGGUGGUGAAAAUCGUCCGUUAAUGCAGCCAAUCAGAACUAGCCGGGAAACAGAUUAAAAGUGCAGCGUCAACAAUGACCCGUGUCGCUUAUGCGCGCCUGUCUAGUGCUGGAUUUCCGACCAUUACUGACCGCCGUGGUAACCUUCCACAAGUGAUUGAUCCCAGAUAGGAAUUACCACCACAUUUAGAUACUGAAGCUGUCGAUCAACUUCUGAGCAAUGAGAUUGUCAUCCAGUUUCUCGCUCUGUCAAGGAAACAAAAGUACUAAAAUCAAGGCCAAGCAAAUGGCAGAAUGUGACGCAGAACUUUCCGCUGUGUUGUUCAGCAGGCAGGAAAAGAUAACCAAAGAUGAUCAGCCAGUCAGAGAAGCUGAUGCUAUAAGAAAAAGAAAACUUGAAAGAAUGCAGGCGGUUCGGCAGACCCAAGGUGCUGCUGAUACCUCUACGGGCAAUUUAAUUAUUCAAAAAGAAGAGAAACUACAAAGAACACGAGACCUCAAAACCAUUCAGCUUUACAGAGAGAAGCUCAGACAUGAGAAAAUCCUUGCUUUGUUAGCUGGUAACAUCACGACCAGCCACACAAUCCACCCGUUAUUCGGUAGAGCAGAGUUUUUCGAGUUUGUACUGAGAAAUCCUUACUCCACUGAUCAGACAGUUACCAUUCACUGCGAUGACAACGAACUCAAAGUGAUAACAGACACAAGAGAAUGGAGACACUUUAAGAGAAAAACAGAGACGCGUUCAGGGAUCAAUAGGGUUGCGAGUUUGAGCAUUUUGAUUCACGUUUGUUUCACUGCUCUGGAGGAGAACAUGUUUGACACCGCCUCCACCAGCCCGUACCCACAGGUGUUCCUCAGACCCAGGGAGACUGUACAUCUCCCGUUCAAGUUCCAGACAUUUAGGGCAGAUCAUAGUGUCCCUGAGCAGGGUCCAUCACACCCGCUAAAACAGCAGGCUCAGACCUAUUUAAAGACCAGCAUAUCAGAGUAAAAUAAUCUAAAAGCACGCCAGAUUAAGGUAAUAAAAACUCCAAUUUCUUCAGUUGCUAUCAAGGUUAAUCUUCUCUGGCUUCCGUUAUAUCUGUCGGUUUUUCGUUACUUCUCUAGCAGUGGUCUUCAUUAAUGAAUUAUUUUGUUGAAGUUCACUUUUUUCAUGUCGCAUUUAAAGCGACAUUGCUUAAGGAGCCAGUUAUUAGGUAUAAUAAGGUGUUACCACCUGAAUUGAUAACGUGAAUUGGCCAAUGUAAAAAUAUCUAAAGUUGACGUUUCAAGCGUUAGCCCUUCGUCGUAGCGAAUACAUGCUGUGAAAAAGCGUGUGGAAAACGUCACGGUUGGGAAAUGCUUUAUAUGCGUACUGCGGAAGACACAUAAUGGUGAUGAAAUCCGCGCUGAACUCGACGACAUUUACCAAGGGCGGAAAACAAAUGAUUUUUCAAGCGGAGGAAAUAUGCAACCGAUACUUUAAGGGAGAAAACUCGCGUUUAGCCUUCACUUCACUUCACUUCACAGCUACAAAAUCACUUGGUGUAAUAAUAGACGAUAAAC